UCUCACAAUGACCCAAGUGUUACAAAAAACGGCAGGUAAGAAGAUCACUUCUAAAGAUCAUCAUUGUCAGUGAAGAAGGUGCACUCAGGGGUCAGCAUACUAGAAAAAGAUAAGUUCUCCAGACAGAGCCUGAAUUCAGAUGAUACGUGAGUCUAAUAUACAGUAUAGGAGAAGAGAGGUGGUGCCUAUCAGACAAAUAUAAGGUCUCUUCAGAUCCACACCAACUUUAGAAUAAAUACUGGAGCCCACCUUCUCAGCAGCAGCGAAAUGGCAACAGAUGAAAAGUCUCCUGAACCGUGGCCUGGGGGCCUUCAUGUCCAAAGCCCCCCCUAUCCCACUCACUUCUCUCCUCUGGAUGCCUCUCCCAAAACCCAAAGCAGCCACAGGCUCCUGAUCCUGGUUGGAGGUGCAGUCUUAGCUCUGCUGGUUGCAGUACUGGGAGUACUGGUUGCUGCCUACCUUGGAGGAACAGCAUGCUGGAAUAGGGGCUCCAGUGACAGUCUGCCUUCUCAGCUCACAGUGCAAAAUGAAGCUUCAUUGCUAUUGGCCCUUACCAGAGAAGACCACUCUCCUGGCCCUGGAAUCACAUGUGACCUCCGAAAUCACUACAUGUUGUAUCAUGGUCAGCCAGAGGGCUGUGUUGCCAGAAGGAUCAAUCCCUCAGAUCGGCCAGCCCCCUGCAAGGAGCUGGAAUUCUUCUUUCUGGCCGUGCUGAAAAAUGCAACAUUAGGGGCAGGCGCUCCUGGGAUGAGUGUGAUUGAUGCUGCCACUCUGGGAAGCUUGGCGCUGCUUCUGUGUCAUCAGCAACCCAUCUUCUGGCUUCAUCCUUCCACAGCAUCAAGAAGCUUUCAUGAUGCAACCAUGCUUCCCAGUGCAGGUGAAGGGUGAGCUGCCAUGUCCAGUGAGAGGUACACGUCUGCACCAGAAAGGGAUGAAAGGCUUGUUUGUCCCUGCGGCAAACCUUCUUAAGUCCAGACUUAGUUGCCAGAGUUGCUUCUUGAU